CGUUUAUAAAAACCGCCUUUUACGACUAGAUCUUUAGGAACUUUUCAACAUCGAGCAAGGUUGAAGUUCACUUUUUCAUCGCAAACAAACUGUUGAGGCUGCAGAUUUGUACCAUCUAAAACAAUGGCUAGUUUCACAGAGCUUGUGAAUGGAAUGAAAACUACCUUCAGGACUGGAAAAACUAAAUCAUAUGAAUGGAGAAGACAACAAUUAGAGGGAGUUCUCAAACUGAUGGACGAAAAUAGAGAAGAAAUUGCAGCUGCAUUAAAUAAAGAUUUACACAAGCCCAAACUUGAAGCUGUUGUGUUCGAAAUUGACUUUUGUAGAAAUGAUUUGGUUGACACAAUGAACAACUUAAAGGAAUGGAUGAAACCAGAAAAGGUUAAAAAGUCACUAUUGAAUUUGAUGGACUCAGCUUAUAUAAAGAAAGAACCUUACGGUGUAGCCCUUGUGAUAGGGGCAUGGAAUUAUCCUAUACAGCUUACCAUUUUGCCAUUAUUUGGGGCUCUAGCAGCAGGUAAUUGUGUUUUAUUGAAGCCCUCAGAAGUAUCAUGGAACACAGCACAGUUGCUUGAGAAAUUAGUUCCAAAAUAUUUGGACAAUGACUGUGUGAAAGUUGUAAAUGGAGGAGUAACAGAAACAACAGCUUUGCUGAAGGAGAGAUAUGACUACAUCUUCUACACAGGGAACACAUUUGUAGGAAAAAUUGUCAUGAAAGCUGCUAGUGAAUAUCUUACUCCAGUCACAUUAGAACUUGGAGGCAAAAGUCCAGUAUAUGUAGAUAAAAAUUGUGAUUACAAGGCUGUAGCUAACAGACUUAUAUGGGGGAAGACAUGUAAUGCUGGACAGACAUGUAUAGCUCCUGAUUAUGUCAUGUGUACAAAGGAUGUUCAGGAACAAUUAAUUCAGAACAUGAAAACAACAUUAGGUGAAUUUUUCCCUGAUGAUCCAUCACAGUCAGAAAGCUACGGCCGAAUGGUCAAUUCUAGACAUUUCCAACGAGUAAAAAAGAUGAUUGACAGCAACCAAGAUAGUAUUGCUAUUGGUGGGGAUACAAAUGAGAAGGACAAUUAUAUCUCCCCGACAAUAUUGAAAGAUGUCAAAUUCACAGAUUCUGCCAUGAAUGAAGAGAUAUUUGGGCCUGUUCUACCUAUUGUAACAGUAAAGGAUGAAGAUGCUGCUAUAGAACACAUUGUCAGUGGUGAGAAACCUCUAGCUAUGUAUGUAUUUUCAAAUGAUAAGACAGUAAAGGACAAGUUUAGAAACUCUACAAGUAGUGGUGGUUUGGUUAUUAAUGAUACCAUGAUGCAUGCUGGAGUAAUGACCUUGCCAUUUGGAGGUGUUGGGAACAGUGGUAUGGGAGCUUAUCAUGGCAAGUUGACCUUUGACACUUUCAGUCAUAAUAGAGCUUGCCUGGAAAGAGAACUUAAAAUGGAAAGUUUACAGAGUAUACGAUACCCACCUUACACAGAAAAAAACCUUAGUGUCAUUGGCUGGCUGUCAAAGAAAAAUCCCAAGAAAGGAGGAUUCUUUUCCUUUCUGGGCUUCUAGGUUGUUGACUUGGUGUAACCAUAGCUUUAGUCUCAGUAUUUGGACUUCACAAUAAAUUGCCAUUCCUCAAUGAGUAACCAAAAACAAUUAACAAUCAAAUGAUAUUUACAGGGACAUAUUUGUUUGAUUGAAGUAUAACAUAUAUCUAGAUGAAAGUCAGCUUUAUAAGUUAUUCACAGAAUGUAAUUAUGAAUACAUGGAAUAUAUUGUUAGACUUAUAAGAAAGUUAAUAUCAUUUUUACAAUCAUAAUUUAUUCUAUGUAUGUGUGCAGUUGUAAAGAAAACUAAUAAGGCCAGACUUAGAAUUUUGUUCGUUUCCUGUUUCAAAGAUCCACCCUAUAAAGGAAUGUAUUUAUGUCUUUUUAAUGUACCUUGUUGAUAGUUUAUAUGCUAGAUAUUUUGGUAUCCCGUUUAAAAAUCCUAACUUUCUAAAAUCUAUAUUUAGUGAAAUAAGAAACGUAUAUUUAUUUAAUCAUGGCCCUGUUAAUUGAGCACAUCGGGUUCUUACUGUUUACAAAAUAAAUGGUUGUUGGUUGUUUAAAAAUAGCUUUAAACUUAGUAGUGCCAUCAGUAAAGAUUUUUAUUUAUUUAACAAAUAUGUAACUAAAUUUUACAUUGUACUAAUCAUGACAAAUUGUUAAUUUACAUUGUCUAUUUAUAUUGUUAUCAGUUGAAGUGAUAAAACAUAUAUGUAUAAGGGAUAUUAUAAUGGAAAUUAUGUUGCUUCAAAGAAGAGCAUAAAACAAAUACUAUGUUUUAAGUCUUCGUACAAUUUCUAUUUUGUUUUCUUUUUAAGUUGAUACAGAUUUCAUUUUUGAAGAAAUUAAGGACCAAAUAUUGUGUUUAUAGUGGAUCUAUUUGAAUUAAUGAAACAUUUUUUUCAUAGUUCAAAACCAAAACUGUUAACUCAGAUUAUAAUUUCUUAAGGUUGAAUUAAUUUUUUUAACUGUUAACUCAGAUUAUAAUUUCUUAAGGUUGAAUUGAUUUUUUUUAAAAGUGUAGUCUGAGAACCUAUAGUCAUAUUGUGUAAAUUUUACCCAACAUCUUUCUUUUAUAUCUGUUGAUUAAAUUAUACUAGGAAGUCUUGGAAGAAAUACAGUUACGAGACAUGAGAAUAGAAUAUAUAUGAAUGUGUCUAUUGUCAGAUAUCUAUGUUUUUGAAGAUACAUGUAUGUUGCAGUCUUUAUUAUGAUACAACAUAUAUCUGGAACAAAUGUUUUGUACAUGAUAUUGAAUUUAAUAAUAAAAGAUUAUUGCAAAACAA